GCUGCUGAGGGCAUGCUUGUAGCAGCAACCGCAGCCAAACCAUUUUUUUCCCUUUCGUCUUACACCACCGGACGCCAGCAGAGCCUGGAGGUGGGCUCUGCCAUCAGCUGUGCGCUGAACCCUGUCUGCAGGAACAGAAAGGAGGGCAGCACUUGAGGGGGGCUCACGGGGAGAGGAGAAGCUAUGUACAAGAAAAAGCUGAGAGGCAUGUAUAUAUCUAAGAAGGCAUUAAAGCAUCAUUUUGACCCCCGUAAGGCUCCACGGGAUGCAUACCUACUAUGCAGACUGCAGUGGGGUGAGACCGGCACGCCUUGGACACACUGGGUCAAAAAUGAUCGUUACCAUGCUGAAGUCUACUUCCUGGAGAAGAUCUUUAAGAUGAGGAGAUCCAAUAAUUAUGUCAACUGUUCCAUCGCUUGGUACUUGUCCUGGAGCCCGUGUGUGAACUGCUGCCGUAAAAUACUGAAUUUCUUACAGCAGCACUCAUAUGUGAACAUAAACAUAUAUGUAGCACGGCUUUAUUACAUAGAUGAUGACGAAAUCCGUCGAAAUCUGAAGAACCUCAUGAGCUUGGUGAAUGUAACCAUUGCUGUCAUGGAAAUUGAAGACUACACUUUCUGCUGGGAAAACUUCAUCCAAGGAGAUGUUGAUGAUGAUUCCUGGACUGUGGGCUUUCAAUCAGAGUUAACUAAGAAUCGUUUGAAGCUCCAGGACAUGCUCGAGGUUAGUAGAGUCUGAGGGAUAGGAGGAACCACAUGAAAUAGUGUGCAGUCCGGGGUCACUGAACUGUAAAGAGCAGGAAAGCAGUUCAUAUCUAGACAGAGCUUAAAGAGUGCUGCAGCAUGCUUUUGGAAAAAUAGUAUAGUAAAAUCAUAGGAAUUGUCCUGUCCCAUUGGCAGAGAAGCACUGUGGAUUUUCUUCCAUCAUAAAAUGAAGCAAAGGCUAAGAGCGCAUAUUUUCUCCUUCAGGCUCUAGAGUGGGAAAUCCCUUAUCAGCUGAAACUCCAGUUCUCAACCCAGAAACCCUCCACCAGAUUUCUUUCUAAUCUGGAUCUGAGCAUGGGUUUCUGUUCGCCAAAUGACGCUGCUCAGCCACUUUCUGUCAGUAUCGGUGGUGGUCUGACACACCUUCCCAGUCACUUGGGCCCUUACGUACUUCAUUAAGGUCCCUUCCAGAUUUGUUUCAGCAACUUCCUUGACUAGUCCAAAGGAUACAGGUUCUGCAAGAUGGGAAAAGUUGUUCAAAAGAGAAUGUCUGUGCCCUGGGAAAAUCCAGCCUUUGUUUUUGAUUUGUUCCAGACCUCCUGAAAGGCAGCACAGAGGAGAGAGCGUGUGUUCACCAACAGUGCUGAAAGUUUGUGCCCCUGGAGAUAAGAGACCCUGCUUGAAUGAAUCCAACACAUCCUUGGCCUGGAAGGACUGCGUACCAAAAAAUAUAGCAAAACUAAUAUAAGUUCUGUAGCUUUUUGAUUUCAAUGCAUUAGAGUUUUCUAACAACUAGCAUAUUUAGUGAAACAGAGUGAAAGAAAUCUAUGGCCAAGUAGGUCACUGAACAUCUAGGAAAUCCAUUUCAUAUGGCAUCUGUGGAAGAGAAAUAUUCUGUGCUAUUACAAUAUAGGCUUCUGCUAUAUCCAUUUCAAAUCACAGCAAGUCCGAAGUGCAAUUGUUAAAGGAUCUAAAUUACAUAUUUUUACUUUCAUUUCAGGAUUUUCCAUUUGUAGAAUCAUAGAAUUACAGAAUAUCUCAAGUUGGAAGGAAUCCAUAAAGAUCAUCGAGUCCAACUCCCUGCUCCUCGCAGGACUACAUAAAACUGAACUGUAUGAUUACAAGUGUCAUCCAGAUGCUCCUUGAAGUCUUUAACAGGCUUGCUGCCAUGACCACUUCCCUGGGGAGCCUGUUCCAAUGACUGACCACUCUCACAGUGAAGAACCUUCUCCUAAUGUCCAAGCUGAACUGCCCCUGAUGCAGCUUCAUUCCAUUUCCUCAUGUCCUGUUGAUGGGCACCAGAGACAGGAGAUCAGCACCAGGAUUACUCUGGCCCAGGUGGAGGAUUUGGCACUUGCUUGUUACACUUCAUGUGAUUGCCCAGCUCCCUAGCCCAUCCAGAUCUCUCUCGAAGGCCUUUCUAUUCUCGAGGGAGUCCACAUCAUUGGCAAACUUACUUAAUGUAGAUAAUUAAUCCAUAUAAUUUAUAAAACCAUUAAAGUGCACCGGCCUUAAAAUUGUGCCCUUGAGAACUUCACUGGUGUUCUUGAGGAGCUUGAUGUAACCCCAUUUACUAUAACCCUUUGAGCCGGACCCAUCAGCCAAUUGCUCACCCAGUGUAUGAUGGACUUGUUUAGCUGUGUGAUGGAUGGUUUAUCCAGAAGGAUACGGUGAGAAACAAUAUAGAAAAGCUUUGCUAAAAUCCAAACCCACCACAUCUACGGGCUUCCCUUGGUCAACUAGAUGGGUGACCUUGUCAUAAAAAGAAACUAAGUUGGUUAAGAGGACUUUCCCUUCAUGAACCCAUGCUGGCUAUGACCAGUGGCUGCAUUGUCUCUCAAGUGUUUUUCAGUAACUGUGGUUCAUUACGAUCCAAUCACACUACUUUAAUACCCACAAUGACUGUGGUUGAGAACCCUGCAUCUGUCCUUUAGUGUCUGUUUAUGGACUUGUUACCAUGAACGUCUCAGAUCUCUUUUGACUCUGUCCUGACAUCUGUGUCUGCAGUUUACUGGGGCAGCAGAUUCCAGAAGUCCACAGCUUGCCAUGUAAAUAAGUAUUUGUUUCUGUUUUAAACUGACCAAUUAAUCACAGUAAGUGCCAGUUCUUGCUAUACUAAUGUCUCAUCAUUAAUCACUGAAACACUUGUCUGCAUUUGAAAGACUGUGCUAGCCUAGAGAACUUUCCACUGGCUUAGUAGGAGCUAUAACGCAAAAGUGACAGCAGCACUUGAUCUUAAAAGAGUAACUUAAAAAAUCCACAGAUGCUCUAUUCGACAGAAGCAAAUCCUCCAUCCACCAAGUGGUGUGACUGUGGAAUAAUAAUCACAGUGUCCAAUGUCAUCGCAUUUCAGCAUUUCCACUCGGGUGGUUAAAAGAAGUAAGAAAAUAUUUUUAUCAACAAGCCCAUCCUGGAGCUGGACCACUAGAUGUAUCCACUGGGAACCCCUCAAAAAGCAAGGCAUGUUAGGCUGCACAAAGAAGUGUAGGAAUGCAGCUGUAUCGCUUGCAGUAGUCAAGGUGGAAGGGCUUGUUUGCUCCUCUGUAUUGUGCAGAGGUGUGAAUCCUCCUGUCAGUACCAAGUGCUUGGAAUAGAACCUCUCUCCAUUCCCUACUCCUGAUGCUAAGUUAUUUUUGCAAGACUCGGAUAAAUAUUCAUUGACUUAUACCCAUUAUAGUCAUCAAACUCUAAAGCUAUGAUUGGGCCCUGCUUCUUCUCCCAUUGAAAUUGCUAAUCUUUUAACAGAAUCAAUAGAACUACUCAGAGUUUUGAACCAGUGCAGCCUAAAGAGAAUUUGGCUUAUGGAAACUAAGAGAUGACAACCUGUAACUCACAAAAUGGCAGCACUCCUCAGUUAAGUAAUGUCCACUUUGGUAGGUGUGUCCUCUUGCUUACGUGUGGGUCUUUACAUCUUACAAGUUCAGGAGCUGGUGCUGUCAAAGUGGUCUUAAAGAGGCAGAGAAAAUUGAUCACACAAAUUCUGAUGAGUGGAAGAGAAACAAAAUGUGAAGACGACAGUGUCUAAUCACUAAGCUCAAUUUAUGAAGUGGACCAAGUGUCCCCCCUCAACCUCCAUUGCUGAAGGUCUUUGUAGCUAAUUGGUGGCGCAGGCUAACAAUCAAAUGAUAUCACAGUAUACCUGCCUAGCGUGUUUGGGGGUGAUUCUGUUGCUUGUUGAUCCAAGACUCAUUAUGUUUAGUUCAUGUUUACAUUGUCCUCUUGGCUUUAGCUUACCACACUCUGCCUCUGUUUGCAUUGUAACAAGCUCUUGGCCAAAGCAAGGCUGUGACAUUCCUACGUCACAAGCAAGCAACAACUCCAAAUUUUUUUCACAAUAAAACUGAAGGCAAUUA